AUGAGCACACAUCAGGGCUCUCGCAGCUCUUUCUAUCAGCCCAGGACGCGCACGGCCUUGGUGUGGGCGUGUGUGUGGGUGUGGGCGUGGAUGGGUGUCGGGGUGUGGGGCGGCUGUCCCAAAGUGUGUGAGUGCAAGUGGCGUGACGGCAAGGAGGUGGUCGCCUGCCGGAACGCUCACUUCAUCGACAUCCCGCGCGGACUGGACCCCUCGACGCAGGUCCUCGAUCUACGCCACAACAACCUGAGGAUCCUCCCGCGGGACUCCUUCGUCUACACGGGCCUUGUCAACCUGCAGAAGGUCUGGCUCAGCUUCUGCAACCUGAAGCGGCUGGAGAAGGGGGCCUUCCGCAUGCUUGCCAACGUGGUCGAGCUCGAUCUCAGCAACAACCUUCUCCAGAGCGUUCCCACCGCCGCCCUCACGGACAUGGGCGGCCUGCGCCACCUCAUCCUCUCCUACAACAAACUCACCACCAUCCCCAAGCUGGCGUUUGCUCCCACAGCCGAGCUGGUCAACCUGGACCUCAGCCAUAACAACCUCACGCGGCUCGAGGGCGGCGCGCUGCAGAACCUGGUGUCGCUCGAGGUCCUCGACUUGUCCAGCAACAAGUUGGUCACUCUGGACGCGCAGGACCUGAUGCCGCUGGCCAUGCUGCGUGUGCUGCACCUGGACGGCAAUCCCUGGCACUGCGACUGCCUCCUGCGGCCGCUCAGGAACUGGAUGCUGGACCGCAACUUGGCCCCGACGGUUCCCCCGACGUGCACGGAGCCGAUGUGGCUCGAGGGCGGAGACUGGCUCAUCCUGGACGAUGAGGACUUCGUGUGCGCGCCGCAGGUCACUGCCCUGGCGCCGAGGGUCCUUGCGGCUGAGGGCGAGAACGUGUCCCUGGCGUGUCGCGUCGAGUCGGAGGUGGAGACGACCAUAACGUGGGUUAUAGGGGAGAGCCAGCUGUACAACGCCAGCGAGUCCCAGCGGUACUCUCUGUUGGAGUUCCUGACGCCCUUUUAUACAUCGAGGAUUUCUAACCUGACCAUCAUGGACGUGACCCCCCUGGACCAGGGGCAGUACCGGUGCGUGGCGGAGAACAGGGCGGGGCGCAGAGAGGUCAAUCUGACGCUCCAGGUGUCCCACGAGGUUGCCGAGGUGAGAGUCGCCAACAUAGAUAAUAAUUACAUGAAGGGAGGCCUCUUAGGUGGGAUUUGUAUUCUAGUGGUCGUCUUGCUCAUCGUGUGUAGUCUUAUAUACUGUAAAGUGCGAAGCGGACGGCAGCCAGAGGAGGAAACCGACAAGACGGUGGCAGCCCACUCGUCCAGGGCCGCUACGGCGGACGAGCACAAACUGGCUGGCUACCACAUCGUCCCGACGAACGAACUCGAGGUGUCUCCGCGUCGACCACAACAAAGACAAUCCUGGCGCCACAGAGACAUAUCUAUGGAGGACUUCUCCAGCAGAGUCCUGGAGAAAGGCGAAAGUCCUGUCCUGCAGCAGGAACCUGUCCAGGGGCCAAGUGUUCCUACCACGGCUCCCAGCAACGUGUCCUACGUCGACAUAGCCAAGACUGACGCCGGAGGAGCCCAGAUGAACCCCGACGAAAGGACGAGGUGGAGGGACCUCUCCGACCACCAAAAGGACGUGAUCCUCCACAGGAUGUGUCACCGCGCAGCAUCGCAGGCGUCCGUAGGAAGUAGCAACGGCCAGUAUCCUGACCUGCUGGAUCUGCCGCAGCCGCAAAUCGGGCAGUUGCCUCUUCAGGACAUGCACCAAUACGGGGGCAGUCUGCCUCUUCACAGUCUCAACCCGUCCUUCUGCACCAUGCCCAGAACGCGGGCACGGGCGUACCAGGAGACGGGCACUAGUCGGGAGGGAGGAGCCACACAAGGCAGUGCCUCUCAGCCCCACGCCCACAACGCCCACGAUCGCCAACAAGCUGCUGGUUACAGGAAGUCGUUCACCGGAGAAGAAAAACAGGCGCCGCCACCGCCCACCCCCUCGACCCCCUCUAACGGGACCUCCGCCCUCGCCUUCUCCAGAUCCUCCAGCGCCCUCAACCUGGCCCUCAGUGAAGCUGCCUCGCAAGCCUACGCCCACGGCCAGAUGCCUGUCAGAGGCCACCCUUUCCUGCCCCCCGUGCCCAUGCUGGAGGCCUACGACCCGCAGGCAAUGCACGAGCUCAUCGCUACGCACAGGAGUCAGUGCGGCGCAGGCUGUGGCCAGAUGGAGGGCACAGACCCCUACCGCUUCGAGUAUCAUGCGGCUCAGCUCGAGAAAUUCUUACAAGAAUAUCGUUGUCUUCAAGAACAGCUUUUCCAUAUGAAACAGUCCUACCAAGCACAGCAGCGUUCUGGCUCUGCUCCUAGGCUGGAUUGCUGUUCGGAGGCCUACUCUCCUCACCACCCCCCGCCCCCUGUAACCCACCAUACCCCCCCAGUCCCCGUGCCCCUGCCCGUCUCGUGUGCUUCCCAUACCGCCCCCGGUCCCGCCCACCCCUCCUCUGUCCCCGCCCACCCCUGCUCGUCCCACCCCCUGGCCGUGCCCCCACACCCUCCGCCGCCCUGUUCUUCGCACCCCGCCUCCUGUUCCUCACACCCUGUCCCUCCCCCCCAGUCACCCCCCGCGGCCAUUCCAGCCGCCGCCCUCCCGCCCGCGAUGACGUCAUCCCGCUCCUCGCCCACGUCGGCCUCGCGCUCCUCCCCGGCGGCCGCCUCCCGAGCCUGCUCCUCCUCCUCCUCCUCCGCCGCCGCCGUCGCCACCACGACCGCCUCCUGCCCUCCCCUCCCCGCCGGCCUCGCCCGCACCGGCUCCACCGGCUCUUCGUCUCGGCACGCCCACAGGAUAUCCCCGCCCGCCCCUAAGACUUCCCAAACGGAGCCCCUCAAGUCUAUCCUGAAGAAGCCCCAGCAGGAGGGCGGCGCGCACCACCACCAGCAGAAGCAGGAGCAGUGGCGCGCAGAAGUGUUCGUGCUGCUCUACGUGUGGGCUCUACACGUUGUCUUCGAGCAUGUAGACGUGUGGGGCGAAACAAAUAGAGCUCUGUGUGUGCUUUCUCUCGAACAUGAAGAAUAA